AUUCCAGGCUCUGAUCAUGUCGUUGCCCGCGGCCCGCGCUCCGGUGGCGCUACCCUGCCUGCAACAAUUUCCCCGCAAAAACGAGAAAAAAAAAAAACGCCGCCAGCGCAUCACGGCGACGGCGAGCACGGGUUCAGUUCAGGCGACACCACGCCACUUCAGUGCUGCUGCCUUUGGUCGUUCUGGUGUGUGCGCGCGCGGCCGUCCGAGUGCGAGAGUAAGCGGAAACAGAGGGAAGGGAGCGAGCGAACUUGCCGAUCUGCCACCGGCAUCGUGAAGUCGGGACCCCACCCUCAGAGACGCUGACCCUAGGCGCUGCUCCGGGGAGGGAUCCAUCCCGCCGCUCCACGCGAGUCCUUCUCCUUCCUUCCCAGGCAGGCGCGCGCGUCCGCGGCGCCGCGGCAGCGAUGGGCGCGGGCGGGAGCCGGGCGCGGCAGAACGCGAUGCGGUCGGGGGUGGUGGUGCUGGGCGCCGUGGCCUUCGGCUACCUCUCCUUCCGCGUCGGCUUCAAGCCCUACCUCGACCAGGCGCAGGAGGCCAUCGAGUCCUCCAACGACCCCCCCGCCGCCGCCGCCGCCGCCGACGACGACGAGUCCGGCGCCGACGUUCCCGGGGAAGGGGUGGCCGAUCCCGCGCCGUCCAAGGACCCGGCCGUCGUGCUCCGCGACUGAGGCGUCGUGGGGGUCGCGGGGAGCGGGUGCUUUCCUCGCGCGCUUGGUUGCGCCAUUUUGACGAACGCCUUGUACGCGGACCUUGCUUCGACUAUGUUUCGUGCGCUGGAAUUGGAAUCUUUCAGUUUGUCAGCUUAUUUUGUGAUUUUUUUUUCAUAUUGCUUUGAACUGGUUUGUGCUUGAUGCCGAUAUUAAAGUUCGCUGUUUGAUUGAUUC